AUGAACGAAAGGGAAAACCAUUCAGAUGGGUCUGUCACGAUCCCCCAGGAGCCAAUCACAACGCCCAACUCAAGCUUGGAUAUUGAAGCUCUUCUAUACAAGGUCAACUAUGAACGAGCGUUGUACAACAUUCCGGCCAUGAUCUGGGUGGGUCUUCUCAUGUUCGUAGGGGUCAUAGGUAACUCCCUGGUUGUCUAUGUAUACAGACGACGCUUCAAAAAGACUUCGUCAAAUUAUUUCAUUCUUUCAAUGGCAGUCUUUGACUUGGUAGCCUGUCUGUUGGGCAUGCCCACGGAGAUCUAUGAUUUGAACAACCCGUACACUUUCUACAGCUCUACGACGUGCAAGGUCCUACGCGGCUGUGCUGUGUUUACAGUCUACGGAUCUGCUACAGUGUUGGUGGAGAUAGCGUUUGAUCGUUACUUUAAAAUCUGCAGACCACUGUUAAUGGUCAGUCUGUCCAGAAUCCGUAUGCUCUGUGUCUUCGCUUGGAUCAUUGCAACAAUUUUGUCCAUCCCCCCGUUCAUUUUGUUCGGAGUUAACAGAGUCAACACUUCCAUACCAUUGGUGGAGGGUUACGACUGUUCUAUUGCCGAACAGUACAAAGAUUCCACAUUUCAGUCUGUUCAUUAUAUUAUCUUAGGUGUUCUGAUCGUGUUUAUAUUUAUCUCUCUCACGGUUAUAUACACCCGUAUAUGGCUGGAAAUUCGUCGACGGCGACGUCUCGUCAUCGGGGAUCAGAUAACAAAGGAGGACGAUUCUGAUUCAAAAAAGAGACCCCGAAUCAAAUACGUACCCAGUGUGAGCGAAGAUGAGUCGAUGUAUAAUUCAGUCAGCGCUCACUCCAACAAUGUGUUUAUGUCGGAAAUACAGACCAACAACCAUAGCAACAAAACCGUAGCCACACAGACCUCUGUGGAAAGGCGUUUCAAGCUUGGAACUCUAACCACCUGCGCGUCCAGGCUGAAAGUGACCCGGACCACAGUUGUCCUGUUUGCAGUUACCGUUGCUUUCGUCCUGAGUUACCUCCCGUCAAUCGCUGUCAUGAUCGUUAGAAGCACGGUGAAAGAUUUUGAUGAGAAUCAGAGCUGGAUCUCUCAAGUUGUAUUUAAGAUCUUAUCAAAUUGCUUCUUUAUCAAUAACGCCAUAAACCCUAUUAUUUACAGUUUUCUCAACAUACAUUUCCGUCGGCAAGUUAAGAAGACCUUUCAACGCAUUUUCUGUUGCAUUCGAUGGAAUCGACACCCGCCUCAGAAAAUGGAUUCGGAGCGUAGUACAAGGAAAGAAUUUUUGCCCAAAGAUUGA